CUCUAUUUAUAUUGUGUCGAUCAAUAGACGUACUAAAAUAAUCAGUGGCUGUCUGGACUCGAGUAUUAUAUAUAAUCUUUUUUCAAAUCUGGAAACUACAAGUUUACAAGGAAAGUAUUAAACCUUUUGACUAUUCAGUAAAUGAGGUAAACCUAACUUAUACGACGGUCACUCGAUUUCGCACCGAGAUUGACAUUAAAUUUUCAAUUUUAUCGUUUCUGUAUUACCUGUUUGUAAAUAGCAAUAUUAAAAUUUAAUAUAUAAGAAUACGUGUUAAUGCCAGUCCCCUCCUAAGGUACGAGAAGUACAUGAGAUAUUUGAGAACAAGUAAAUCUCCGGCUAGCCGGAUAUUAGAAUCAAUCUUAAUUAAAGUAAUGGUUAAAUUAGCAUCUGAUAUUUUUUAAUUUCUUGAAGUAAUCAAGAAUAAGUUAUUUUAAAUUUUUGAAAGAUAUAAGCACUUGUUAAUUGGUUUUUCUUUUGAUAUUACAUAUAUAUUAGGCAUUCCACGAAUUUCUAUCUUAAAAAAGUAUGUACAGUGUAUUUUUUUUAUUUGUGUAUGUAUCGCCGGACCCAUCUUGGGAUAGUUAUAUCGUGAACGUUAGGAACACGCUGGCCCAAACAAUUGAGUGAUGUUGCAGUCGUGAUGAUCAACCAAUUUAAAUUGGCCUUACCUUACCUUCCCCGUCCUGCCGCUCUCAUACCUCAAGAUGUGCAUAACAUUAGCUAAAGACAGUAGCAAAUUAUAUCGUUUUCAUAUGAAUUGAUGGUAAAACUCUCACGCUUAACAUUCAAAAAUAUUAAGAAUUUAUCAUCAUAAUUAAGGAACUCGAGAAAGAUUAACAAUAAGUUAAUUAUCUCAUGUUAUAUCAAUGUUGGCAUAUAUAAACUAUGACUGGUGUUAUCAUUGAACUCUGGAACAGAUAACACGAACACAGUCCGUAGUUUUACAGAAAAAUCGGAGAUGGACGCGCCUCUUAUUAUUGCUAUAAUUCUAUUUUUUUCUGGUUUGGCGAACGCGUCUCUGUCAUAUAAUCUUAACGAUGGUAAUGAGAUACCAGCAAUAGCACUCGGUACAAGUUUGGGACACUUGGCUGAUGGUACCAGAGUGUUGUCAGUGAACCACUCGCUUGCUCGAGCCGUGCAAGGAGCACUGACGGCGGGUUACAUACACAUUGACACGGCAUCAUUGUACCGAGUCGAAGACGAAGUUGGGCUUGGAAUACGUUGGUAUUUAAACGAUACCACUAAAAGGCAGAAUAUUUACGUCACCACCAAGUUAUGGAACGAUGCCCACGCUCGGGACGAGGUGGUACCAGCCAUCAGACGAUCUCUACAGGAUUUGCAGCUGGAAUAUGUCGACCUGUAUCUCAUGCAUUUCCCUAUGGCGUACACGAAAGACGGAAAGAUAAGCGACACCGACUACUUGGAAACGUGGAAAGGAUUAGAGGACGCCAAAAAAUUAAAUCUAACCCGGUCAAUUGGCGUGUCCAACUUCAACUUAACACAGAUGAAACGAUUGUGGAAUGACUCAGAAAUCAAGCCAGCUGUGCUACAAAUUGAAGUCAAUCCAACAAUAACCCAAGAUGAAAUAAUAGACUGGUGUGAUGAACACGCUGUCAUCGUUAUGGCAUACAGUCCUUUCGGCGCCAUUUUGGGUCGCAAGAAAAACUCUCCAUUACGUGCAGAUGACCCUUUAUUAAUAAGCUUAGCCCAAAAAUACAACAAAACUGUUCCACAAAUCUUAUUACGAUAUUUGUUAGAUAGACAUCUAGUAGUCAUCCCUCGAUCAACAAACUACAGCCGAAUCAAAGAGAACUUUAAUAUAACAGACUUCUCACUUGCGCCAGAAGAGGUGAAACUAUUGUCGAGUUUCAAUAGAGAGUACAGGUUACGAACUCAGGUCAAAUGGUAUCCCCACCCGCACUUCCCCUUCCAGAAGAAAAAUCUCACGGAAACUGAAAUACAGUACAUAGUUGAACACAGUAAAGAAGAUUAGACAUAACAUGUUCUAUAUAAAUAAAUAAAAAAAAAUCCAUAAUUAUUAAUUAAUAUUAAAACCAAACAACUUUUCUUUUUAACGUAAUGGAUGAAUAUAAAAGUAAACAAAGAGGAAUCAAUCAAUUUCCAUGUUUUAUUACACCAUAAGUAAGAGUUUUGAAACUAAAUUCCUAAAAAAAUUAAAUAGCCCUUCCGAAGCGUGAUUCUAAAUAGUACACAGUUGUUCACGUUUUAAAUUAAAUCUGCCGAUUGAACACUAAAAGCAUUUUUUACACUUAUUCAUUUGUGCGGACAACUUGCCAGUUAAACUUAGAUCUGUUUAACACAUUGUUUUAAAGUCACAA